AUGACCCUCGCACGGCGUUUACAAGCGCGUCUGCAGCGGUGGCACCUCCUGGGACGCUACCACGUCAACAAGUGGCACUACGAUGGGUCCAAGUGGCUCGAUCGGUUGCUGUACGGAACAGGAAGCACAGGCAACGGACCGCGAGUAGCGUCCGUGGCAUUCAUGAUCACGCGCCACACGCGCGAGCAGCUCACAAGUGCUGGAUUUCCGGCCUCUGUCAUCGCGACGCUGCAGCCGGCAGCAGCACAGAAGAUUGUUGCUGACCAGCUUACAUUUGAUCAGUUCGAGGAGCUUCGAAAGCUGCAGCAAGUGGAAAAGGCAGGCGAGAGAGCAAAGCUGGCGUUGAAGAAGGAGCAGCAGCAGCAAGCGGAACGGCAGAACGUGCUCGUAGCGGUGGAAGGAAAGCAGGUGACGGAGCAGCUGCUGGGAUUCGGUAUGGAGCAGACUAUGAAUCCUACUGCACUCGCCACAGUUCAGGAGAAAGCCGCCGACGAUAAAGACGUGCAGGAAACGCAGAACCAGUGA